AUGGCUCCCAACGGCAAUCCGAAGGCGAGGAACGGUGUUGGUGUCGCCCACGGAAAGCCCAGCGCUGCUAGGCGCGUGGUCCCUGCCAUUCCGCUUCCCUUGGAUCGUCGCGUCAAGGCCAAUGCCGCCGCGAAGCAGGCCGCAGCUGCUGCCCAAGCCGCCGCUGUUGCAUCCUUUCCUCGACCCGUCUUGACCAACGGCUCUUCUCUCAAGAUCCAGAACGACGCCGACUCGAUACCUCCGACCCCCAAGACCGCCGAGCCCGAGAUUGCUACCCGUGACGAGGACAAGCCCGCCGCCGACGACAGCGCCACCGCCCCUCUUGCUACCGAUCAGGAAGGCGACGAUGUGAAGGACCGCGAGGCUACCGACUCCCAGGUGUCUUCUGCCGCUAUUCCUACUCCCUCCACGACCGACGAGUCCGAAUCCACCGACAAGGCCGCCGACCGAGACCUUCCGCCGCCUGUCGAGGAUACUCUUCGAGAAAACAACCGCAUCACCUCCCCGCCCGCGGCCCGGCCUGUGAAAAAGGACAAUGUUCCCCAGCUCCCACCGACUUUCCGACCUCCUCCUGUUAUCCCUCCGACCCGAUAUAACAUGCCGCCUGCUGUUCACAACGGCGCUCGCCCCUCUGCUGUCGUCAUCAACGGCACAUCUCACCGAGGUCCUCGAUCGGUCCACAAUGGGCCUCCUCACAUGCAUGGUGCGCGCCCGAGCAACGGCAGUCUUCAGUUCGGCGGAUUUGGCUCCAACUCGUCUUCUCCGGUCCCUCCCCACUCAGGAGGCUUCAUGCCCCCUCCGGGCAUGCCUCACCCUGACGCGCGUGCGUUUCCCGGCGCUACGAACGGCUACCACCACCAGAUGCCUUACGGCACCGAGUUCGUGCCUGGUACUGCCCUGGAUGGGUUUGGUCGACCGCUCCCAGGCUACGCCGGCAUGGAGCAAUACGCCCCUCACAUCAACGGCUACGGUCCUUCAACCCCUCACAGCUUUCAGGGAUCUCACUCUUCGGCACACGCGGACGAGCCUGGUGCCUACAACCACUACCCCGCGCCUGGCGUCCCCAACGGCAACGCCCAAGUCGAUGACGCUCGCCCUCACCCGCCGCACGCUGGAGCUUUCGGUGUUCCGCCUCAGCGGAUGAUGCCUGGUCCUAUCCCGCCCCCGCACAUGAUGCACCCUGGACCCGAGCAUCAGGGGUUGGAUGAUAUGGCCGCCUACCUACGAUCGCAAUUCAGAGACACUGUCUUCGCCGACUGCACCCUCGAGCUGCGAUACCUCGACGACCGCGCCCCUCCUGUCCGGCUUCCCGGACACCGUCUCAUUCUUGCCAGAAGCCAGGCAGUCCGAAACGUCCUCGAGUCUGACGGUUUCGAGUCGAGCCCGCCAGGCGCUAACCGCACCAUCCUACUCCAGUCGGACGACAGACACCUCCGCUCCGAUGCCUUCUGGAUGGCAGUGCAGCAUCUUUAUGCCUUCCCGCUCCUGGAUCUGCCCGAGCCGACCGCCAAUGCCGCCUUUACCUUGGCUGGCAGCGCCGAUGACCGCUUCGACUUUGCUCUGGGAUACGCGGCGGCAGGUCACCUCCUCGGGUGGCAACCCAUUGUCAUCCGGGGCCUGGAGAUUGCCUCGCACUCCCUCAGCUGGUCCACCAUCGAGCGAGCCCUCGAAUUCGCCCUCGGCGACGUGCCCAGUCGCGCUUCAGCCGACAGACACACCCAGUUUGUGUAUGGCGAGCCCGUCCAGAUCUUGAUGAAUGGCAUCAUCUCAUUCCUUAUCAACAACUUCCCGCCGGACUUCACCCUGGACACGUCUGUCGCGGAUCCCGAGCACUUCGCCCGCAUCCCCUAUGUGUCUGCGUCCCCUCCUGCUCGCGAGGGAACGCCAACGAUUGCUCGUGGAACGGCCAACCAGCAGGACCGCCGAUCGCGACCCAUGCACAUCCAAUUCGGUGAUUUGGCUCUGGGCUCCGACUCCCCAUCCAAGGAGUCAAACUCGACGGCGCAGUCUUCUCAGCAGAGGAGCAUUCGAUCUACCCUGUCGAUGAUUCUCAUCAAUCUGCCCUUUGCUUACCUGAAGCCCGCUCUCGAGUCAAGUGGCUACGGCAACGUCAACGGAUGGGCCAGCAUUGAGGCGCGCCACCAGAUCAUGCGAGCUGUCGUUAACGAGCGGGAGGCUAGACGUUCUAGGGCCGUUGAUGCAGUCAGAGCUGGUGCGGUUCCGCAUGCGGAGUCGAUCCUCUACGGCUUGCAGAGCGUCGAGCCGCGCCAUAGCGAAGAGUGGCAUGGACUCGGCUGGCGUGAGGAUGUGGUGUCGUACGUCAACGGCGACGCGCCAUCUCUCGGCCGGCAAUGGGCGCCGCUGAUGGUGCAGCCGAAUGGCGUCGGCCACGUGGGGAACCUGAGCCAGCCGGCCUACCCUUGA